AUGUCACCUGUUUGGAGUUCCCAAAGCGUAGUGUUAGCAACAGCCAUGGCAGUCUCUGGCACCAUGAUCUUGCUCUCGUUACUCAGGAGCACCGCCACUUCCUCUGACGAAAACGGAGAUUCAAAUUCUGCGGAGGCACCACCGCCGACACCACCACCACGGCGACGGUCCUGUUUGUCCAGCGUGAAGAAGGAUGGAAGUAUGAAAAAGAAGGUGCGAUUUCUGGAGAACGUAGAGGAUACAGAUCGGAAAGCAUGGAGGGAGAUCGAGUAUGCUUCGAAUUGUAAAAUCGAAACUAUGAACCUCAAUGGCGCGAGAACUCUACUCGUUGAGGCUUCACGUUGA